AUGAUCAACACGCUGAGCAGUGAGCGAGGAUUGGCUCCCCUCCACAUUGCUUGUGUAGAUCACGAGUGGGAUGUUGUUUCUCAGCUCCUGCAGCACGGAGCGGAUGUCAAAGCUAGAUCGGCAUUUGGCUCUACUGUCCUCCACUUGUGCUGUGAAGGGGAGUGGGAGCAGGUCAUUGAAGCUCUGUUAGCGAACAAGGCUGACGUCGAGGCCCCCGACCACCAGGGCCAGACUCCCCUGCUGAUGGCGAGCAAGACUGGCAGGCGGGACAUCGUAACUAGCCUGCUUGCAGCAGGCGCUGAGGUGAACCGAAGAGACAACGCGGGGACGUGCGCGCUGUCGUUGAGCUGCCGGAGUGAGGAUGGAACCCUCGCUCGACUGCUCCUGCAACAUGGCGCA